ACCCUUGCUUCCUCUCUCUCUUUCUCUCUCUCUCUGUUUAGAUCUUUCUUUGGGCUGAGAAUACUCCUGAGGCAACUUAUAAACAGAAGAAAUCAGGGAUGCCCAGCAAACUUGGCAGGACAUCACCAUCAAGGAAAAUGAUGUGGAAACUAGAGAUUUUCUAGUGGAAGACCACGUAGAAACACAGAUGUUGUGGGGAGAACUCAUUUUUCUUCCAUAAGACAAGCUGGAAGCACAGAGCCAAGCAUGGAACGGGAGCAGAAAGAGGAUGAAUCGCCUAUCCAGGAGCCCCAUGCUCCAGAUUCGGAGACCCAGCUGGGCUGCAACUCUGAAGAAGACAGAGCAGCAGUGAAGCCAGUCAUGGGGACAUCUGGAGUCCUGACACCCCUCCAGCAAGAAGAUUUAAUGGAUGCACUGAAGGAUGAUGCUGCAGAGGUCCCAGACAUGAGCAACCUCCCAGGGCUGACUCUAGAGAGUGCAGAUCCACAAUCUUCCCCCAACAGAGAACUCCUUGCAGUAGUGAGUUUUUGGGCUAAUUGGUUGAUGGCCCUGAUGAAGGGACUGAUGCAGCAGAACAGUCACCCAUGUCAGCUUGAUGUCUCUUUUACAUGCGUGAGAAGGAAGAGUCAACAAGAAUAUCUACAAAAAGCCACAUGUGAAGCUUCAGAAAAUCCAGCAGAAGCUCAAGAAGCCAAAACAGGAGAGCAGGGAGGAGACCUGGGAGAAAGCUUUGAGGAACUGCAGCCUGUAGCCCAGGACGAUGCCGAGGAUGAUUACGUAAUAAUAAACAGAGACUUGAACUGGACUGAACUAUUUGACAAAGAGAAGGUGCUGAGAAUCAUCCUUGUUGGCAAAACCGGUGCUGGGAAAAGUGCCACAGGGAACACUCUCCUGGGCCAGCGAGUGUUUGAGUCCAAGCUGGGGGCAAAGCCAGUGACAGAAACUUGUGCAGUGGAAAGCAGGAGCUGGGAAGGGUGGCGGGUUGUGGUCAUGGAUACUCCUGCCAUUUUUGACACCCCAGCCCCUGAUGAACAAGUUUCCUGUGAGAUCCAUCAUUGCUUCCUGCUCUCUGCCCCAGGCCCCCAUGCUCUGGUGCUGGUCACCCAGCUGGGCCGUUUCACAGAGGAGGAUGAGGAUGCAGUGAGAAGGGUAAAGAAGAUAUUUGGAGCUGGGGCCAUGAAGUUCACGAUUGUCUUGUUCACCCGUAAAGAAGAUUUAGGGGAUGGUUCCCUGAGGGACUAUGUGAGCUAUUCAGAGAACAAAGCCCUGCACCACCUGAUUCAGGAGUGCGGGGGCCGGUACUGUGCUUUCAACAAUAAAGCAACAGGAGCAGAGUGGGAGGCACAGGUCAAUGAGCUGAUGGGAAAGAUUGUCACGAUGUGGUGGGAGAACGGGGGCUGCUGUCACCCCAGUGAUGUGUAUAAAAAUGCCCAUUUGGAGAUGAAACGGCCUCAAGAGGCAACUGGAGAGGAAGGGAGGAGAAAAAAUCUGCAUGACCCUGUGGAGUGUGGAGAAACAGUGGAAGAAUCGAGCACUGGCCCAGAGGCACUACAGGAAAACAUUGCAUAUUUGGAUGAGGUGAGAAGGCAAGGUGACAUCACACAAAAGGGAUGAAGAAGACACCUGCUUCUGGUAGAAGGCUUCAGCAGCGAGUACAUUGGCAGAAUGACAGUAGAUGAUGGCACAGAAACAUGAACAUGAUCUGAGACAGACUGAAACAUACCUGGAAUGGGAGCAUCACUGUGGCACUCAUACAACAUCCCCAGCCAGAAAGGGCAUCAGAAGUCAAGUGUCUCAAUGGUACAUGUGCCAGCAUAAACCAUGGUGGUAGCAGAGACUGUUUCUAGCCUAAAACACAUGAGGACCAGGGCAGAAAACAGAAGGUCUGUCCCCACUGCAGCAACUAACCGUAAUUGUACUGGAGGCAGAAACUCCACAGCCUGGCAGUGGGAAGGUGACUUAUGUUUUCACCUGGGAGAGGGCUCAGGCAGUAGGAGAGGACUUUCAGCUUUGCUGAUGAUAGGUGCCGAGAGGCUAUGGUUAGAUGCUGAAUUUAGAAAUGCCCAACCCAGUGCAUGUUGGUGUAACAUGAGGAUUGUGCUCGGAGAAGUCCUCUCUCUCCUGUCCACAUUAAACAGCACCCAAGGGGAGCAGCAGGCAGCUGCCUUGAGCAUCGUGUCAUGAUGUGCAGAGCAUCCCAGGAAUUGUCUUGCUCUAGAGCAGUUGUUAAGCCUACUGCUGCUGGGGAAGCUUUCAUCCAUUUUUUGCCAUGAAAGCUCGUGUCAGGAGGGUAAAAGUUGGCCAAUUUCAGUGACCAAAAAAAUGGGGUCAAUCCUUCCCCCAGCAGCAGCAAACUCCUCUGUUGGUGUGUAGAGCUAUGAUUUACAGAAUGCCCUGUGCUCCCUGACACAUUGCUCGCACUGCUGCAACACGCCGGCAGUAAGUAGAAGCAAACGGAAUGGGAGAGAGAAGUGCCCCCCUCCUUUCUGGCUCCCCUUACCUGUGCUAUAGGAGAGGGCAGAUGAGAGCAGCAGAGGCCAACCUUUUUGGCAAGAGUCUCACAAAUUAAACCCUGUGCCCUCCCUAAGUGUCUAAAGGAUCCCCUUCCCUUGCCUGACCUGCUUCUCUGUGGCCUGCUGUAGCAAAACCUCCACAUUUUCUUUUUUUGUUUUUCUUUUAAAGUGCAUUCCCUCCCCUUCCCCAACCAUUUCUGACUUUGUAUCUUCGUCUCUAUUC